AUGGAUUCUCUGGUGAUAGUUAUAUUCACUUAUUUAAUAUUAGUUAAAUGUUACAUUGUAUGUCAAGAAGAUUCAUCAUAUUUUUCACCAGCAAUUGUUGAAACUCAAUAUCUUACUUUUGAUAUGACUCAAUAUGGACCAAAUGGUGGUGUUUUUUCAAGUCCUAAUUUUCCAAAUCAUUAUCCGCAAGAUACAAUAUUGUUUUAUCAAUUUAUAGCAGCAUCAGAUUAUCGUGUUCUUAUUGAAAUAGAUCAUUUUCAAGUACGUGGUGUUAUACCACAAUGUACACAUGAUUAUUUAGAUGUAUUCAUAAAUGUAACAGAUUUUAAUUUGGUCUAUAAUAUAGUUAAUGAUCAAUUACUUCAUCGUUAUUGUGGUCGAACUAAACCGCCAUUACUUAUAUCAUAUACAAAUUUACUUUUACUCGGAUUUUUUACUGAAGAUACACAAACUGAAAAAGGUUUUAAUGGUACAUUUCGUUUUAUAUCAGGACAACCAUAUAAAAAUCAUCUUGUACGUGAACCAUGUGAUUAUAUUUUUAAUUCAUCAAUGUCAAAACGUGGUGAAUUUUUAUCUUCAACAUAUCCAGGAACUUAUUUACCGUGGCAAUCUUGUAAUUAUUCAUUUGUUGGUUUACCUGGUGAACGUAUUCAUAUUCGUUUUCGUGACCUAGUUUUAUUUAAAAGGCCUAAUCAACAACAUUGUCCAGUUGAUUUAAUUAAAUUAUAUGAUAAUACACUGAAUCCAGUAGAACUUCAAAGGUUUCUAUCGAAUUUUUAUCAAACGAAUUCUUUUAAUUAUCAAACAUUACCUCAACAAACAGAUCAACAUCAUAUAACAGAUCUUUGUGGUAAAUAUACGAUGCCGCUUGAUGUUUAUUCGACAAGUAAUCGCUUAUUAUUGUACUUUAUUACUACACAUUAUGGAGAAUUAACGGAUGGUGAACAAGAACAAUUUAAUGAUAGAUCAAUAUCAUUAUGGAGAAAAGGUUUUUAUGGUGAAUAUGAAUUUUUCACAACAUUAACUAAACUUGAUUUUAUAUCAAGAAAUAGAUCAAAUCAAUAUUUGCUAGGUACCGAAUGCGACCAAACAAUUAAAUCAUUUGGUCAAGGGCAUGGUGAAAUUCAAUCGCCCAAUUGGCCAAAUUUAUAUAAACCCCAAACAUCAUGUACAACUUAUUUAUUAGGUCUUGAUGAUCGUUAUGUAUUAGAAAAUGUUGAAAUUGAAUUUGACCAUUUUGAUAUCGAUUGUCAUUUAGCAUCAUUUGUUAUUUAUAAUGCAAGUCGAAUAUAUGAUUAUCAUUCACGUACACAUUCAUCGUCUGUACUACGCAGCGAAGCACUCAUAACAGCACAAAAAUCUUCAUCUUUUAGUAAUUAUUAUCAACAAGAACUUGAUUUUAAAGAUAAUCUUUCAUUUUGUGGUCAUUUUAAACCCGAGGGACGAUUUGUAUCACGUAGUGCAUUACUUAAAUUAUCGCUUAUUCCAAUUGAUCGUUUAUCAGAGAAAACUUUACCAUUAUUAAAUCAAGGUGGAAAAUUUCAAGUAAAAUACAAGUUUGUUAAAAGUUAUCAUCAAGUAUUUGCCGACGAAUACGAUAGAACAAAUUCAAGUAUUUGUAAUCUUCAUUAUUAUCAAUCGCGUACAAAUGCUGGUAAAUUUGAACCACCACGUUCAUCAGAAAAUGAUUACUUUUCCAAUUCCAAUUGUACAUUUAAUUUUUAUCUUCUAAAUGAAUAUUCUCGACUUCUUAUAUGGUAUGAUUACUUUAAUAUUGCUGAUAAUAACUAUAAUCAAUGUUCAUCGGAUAAUGUAACGUAUUCAUAUCGUUCCUAUAUAUCAUCGACAUAUUAUUCAUAUCCAUAUAUUUAUUGUGGAUAUCGUAAUUUUCCUCCGCCUUAUUUAACUAGUCGUUUAACUGAACAAUAUCGUAUACAUUUUCGUUCAAACGAUGACACAGAAGCCGGUUUAGGUUUUUAUGGGCGAUAUGAAUUUUUAAAUGAAUCAAAUAUUUUAUUUUCGUCAGUAUGCCGAAGUCCAUUUGAUUCAAUUAUUCAUAUUAAUGAAACUGAACAACCGUCGGGAAAUUUAUCAAGUAAUGGCUAUCCAGAAAAUGUAAUCUGUGAAUGGUCAUAUGCAACAACGAAUGGAUUUCAAUUUAAUUUAGAAUUGACUAUGCUUGAUUUAGAAGGUUCAAAAACAAAAGAUCCACCACAAGGUUGUCAAUCAUCUGUUUUAAGAAUUUAUAGUGAAGGAAAAAUUGAAGAAUUGUGUGGACAAGAAAAAGAUAUCUAUAUUCUAACUAAUUCCAAUUGGUUUACUUUACAAUUUAUUUCUUUAAAUCGUCAAACACAAGACCCAUUACAAGGCUUUUCUCUAUCAUGGACAAUUGUACAAGUUAAAAAUACUCUUAAUAAUAAUCAGUGUCUAUUAUCGAAUGAUUAUUUUGAUUGUAAAAAAUUUUCGAAUAAUAGAAAUGAAACAUUAUUUUGUAUUCAUCGAUCAUUAAUAUGUGAUGGAAAUGUUCAUUGUCAACCAUUAUCAAAGGAUGAUGAAUAUCCAAAUAAUUGUCUUGAAAAUUUUUCACCACGCUCUCAUUUUAUAUCCUGGUUAAUUAAACAUCAGAAUUAUAUUUUUAUUUUCAUUGUUAUUAUUCUUUCAAUUGUUAUGUUAUGCAUUAGUAUUAUACUUAUCUUUUUAUGUAUUAGAACAAGACGACGACGACAACGCCAAGAACAACAAGAACAACAACAUGAACAAGAGUGUUUAUCAGAUGAAACAAAAACUAAAUCGACUAAAGUAUCCUUAUACAAUAAUGAUGAUAAUGACGAUGAUGAUAAUAAUGAUCGAGAUUUAAGUCAUUUGAGUAUUUUAGAAGAAACUGUAACGACUGUUUAA